GGAAAGCGCAUAGAGCAGCUGUCUGUGCAUCAGUUUCACUUGUUAAUGUUUCUCUGAUGUUUUAAUUGAUGAAAAUGAAGAAAUUUGGAGUUGUGUUGCUGUUGUGUUGUGCUGCAAUGUGUGCUGCAGGAAUGAGAAGAGAGUAUUUUCUUAAGAUAGAGGAGGUUUCUUGGAAUUAUGCUCCAACUGGGAAGAACGUCAUCCAGAAUCGAACACUGCAGGAGGAUGAAGAUGCUUCUGUGUUUUUAGUAAAACGUCCCCAACGCAUUGGCCCAGUCUACAAAAAGGCUGUUUACAAACAGUACAGCGACGCCACCUACAGGAUGGAACUGCAGAAGCCCGAAUGGCUGGGAUACCUGGGCCCCCUGGUGAUGGCGGAGGACGGCGACACAGUGAUCGUCCACCUGAGAAACUCAGCUUCCAGACCGUACAGCGUCCACGCGCACGGACUCAACUACAGCAAAGGGAAUGAGGGAGCCUUGUACCCAGAUGGCACAGGUCCACAGCAGAAGAGGGAUGACGCAGUGGCUCCUGGUGCCACUGAGACGUAUGAGUGGACUCUCCCAGAAUCCCACAGCCCAACAGCUGAAGACAGUAACUGCAUGACCAGGUUCUACCACUCUCAUGUCCGCCCCCCAAAAGACAUCGCCUCUGGACUUAUGGGACCUCUGCUCAUCUGCAAGCGAGGAACUCUGGACAUCCAUGGUGACAGGGCAGCCGACUACACCUACGCUCUGCUGUUCAUGGUGUCGGAUGAGAACCUGAGCUGGUACCUUGACGACAAUAUCAGGACACACAUCACAAAUCCCAUCAGAGACCUGAAGGAGGAUGAAGAUUUUAUAGAGAGCAACAAGAUGCACGGGAUAAACGGUUACCUUUACGGAAACCUGCCUGGACUGAGCGCGUGUCAAGGCAACAAGAUCCACUGGCACCUGAUUGGCCUCGGCAAUGAGGUGGACAUGCACUCAGUUCAUUUCCAUGGCCAGAUCUUGACCAACCUGAACCACCACACAGACAUGGUCAGCCUUUUCCCAGCCUCCAGCACCACUGCUGAAAUGGUGGCUGACAACCCCGGACACUGGCUGCUGACCUGCACCGUCAACGAUCAUCUGACGGCCGGAAUGCAGGCAUUGUUUGAAAUCAAGAAGUGCUUCCCUAACGUGCACAAGCCCCGUCCUCACGGUGAGCUCAGGCAGUUCUUCAUCGCUGCUGAGGAAGAGGUCUGGGAUUAUGCGCCCACGGCACCCAGCGAAAGCGAGGCAGAAACCUUUGUGACUAGAGGUCCGACCCGCAUCGGCAGCAGGUAUAAGAAGGUUCGAUACGUGGAAUAUCUCGACAACACUUUCACAACGAAGAUGAUACGCAGCCCGGAGGAGCAGCACCUGGGGAUUCUGGGUCCCGUCCUGCGAGCCGAAGAGAAAGACACGAUUAAGGUGAUUUUUAAGAACAAAGCCGUCCGGCCGUACACGAUUCAGCCGCAUGGAGUUCAGUACAGCAUCGAACAGGACGGGACACUUUACUACAACGAGCUAGAAGAGUCGUACACAGCAAAGAAACUGCGGGAGCUGAAACGAGAGCCAAGGGUGGUGACUCCGCCUCCAGCCGCCCAGGUCAGACCUGGGACGGUGUACACCUAUGAGUGGACCGUACCUGUAGGUGCCGGUCCGGUUCCAGGGGAGCCCGACUGUCUGAGCUACCUGUACUACUCUGCAGUGGAUCCUGUUAAAGACACGAGUUCUGGGUUGGUCGGGCCGCUUCUCGUCUGCCGACCCGGGUCCCUAAAGAAAGGAGCACAGAAGAACUAUAACAAGGAGUUUCAUCUUAUGGCCACAGUGUUUGAUGAGAACCUCAGCUGGUACCUGGAUGAAAACAUCCGGACUUUCACUACAGCUCCUAACUCUGUUACCAAGGAGAACGAGGACUUCAUUGAAAGCAAUAAAAUGCAUGCGAUCAACGGGUUUGUGUACAGGAACCUUCCGGGCCUCACCAUGUGUAAGGGGGACAAAACGACGUGGCACCUCUCGGGUCUGGGCACGGAGACAGACAUCAUCAGCCUUUACUUCCAGGGAAACCGAUUCCUCUACUGCCAGAACAGAAAAGACACCAUCAGUGUUUUCCCUCACAUCUCGCACACAGUAACUAUGGAGCCGGACAGCAUGGGUCAGUUUGAAGUGGUUUCUGCGACGGUGGACCAUUAUCGGGGUGGGAUGCGAGCCAACUACACGGUGCAGAAGUGCAGCGUGUUUCAGAGUCAGUCUGAGGUGAUGCUGCAUUCAAAGACCUUCUACAUCGCCGCCGUGGAAAUCGACUGGGACUACUCGCCCAACCGCACCUGGGAGACUGAGAUGUUCAGAGGACAUGAAAAUCCUGCCCCUGUCUUUCUGGAUAAGCGCGAUGGAUACAUCGGCUCUAUUUACAAGAAGGUUGUUUACCAGCAGUUUACCAACGACAAGUUCACCAAGAAGGUGGAACGAACGGCUGACAUGGAUCACCUUGGAAUUAUGGGACCAAUGAUUCAUGCGUCAGUGGGCGACAAAGUUAAGAUUGUUUUUAAAAACAUGGCAUCCAGAGCUUAUUCUAUCCACGCCCACGGAGUGAAGACAGAAUCUCCCGAUGUUUACCAAACCAAACCAGGUGAAACUCACACGUACACCUGGUUGGUCAACAAGAACACAGGACCAACCACAGAGCAGGAGGAGUGCUCUGUGUCAGCAUAUUACUCUACUGCUGAUGUCACAAAGGACUUGUACAGCGGAUUAAUUGGGCCAUUAGUGAUCUGCCGUCGCAGCUGGGCCAGGUCUCUGGGACUAAAGAAGGAGGUUGAAGAGUUUGCUCUGCUUUUCUUGGUGUUUGAUGAGAAUGAAAGCUGGUAUUUGGAUGAAAACAUCAGACGGAACAUCAGGAAUCCUCGACCAAACCUGAAGGCUGACGACUCCUUCAUUGAGAGCAACAAAAUGCACGCUAUUAACGGUUAUGUGUAUAGCAACCUGAAUGGGCUGAACAUGGAGGUGGGAGAUAAGGUUUACUGGUACCUGAUGGCGAUGGGAAAUGAAGUGGAUAUUCAUACUGUACACUGGCAUGGUCACAGUGUGGAAUAUAAGCUGGGUGGAGGACGUCACCGUGUUGAUUCGUAUGAGCUGUUCCCAGCCAUCUUUCAGACAGUGAAGAUGCGCCCUGAGCAUCCUGGUACCUGGCUGCUCCACUGCCACGUCACCGACCACAUUUCAGCUGGAAUGGAGGCCCUUUAUACGGUCACCGAGAAAUCAAGAGGAGGACUCUUUGGCUGAACUGUAAGGGAACAUGGAUCUAGACAGAAACUAACCAAAUCACGUUUAACUCACUGAUUUUUUCAUGACAAACUUCCAAUUCAAUGUAAAUAGUGACUGGUAGAAACUGGACACACAAGCAAUCAUGUUCAAAUAAAAGCCAUUUUUAAAUAA